GGCGUGGUGUAGCGGCAAGACGUCGUCGGAGGAAAGCUGAAAAAGCCCUAGGUGCUGCCGUUGCUAGUAGAAGUCGGACUUGUCUCCGGAGCUGCGCGUCUGCACAGGUCUCGGACGGAGCGGAGCUUGCUCCCGUGGUCGCGGAGCCUGCCCCGUGCUCGCCCCUGCCGACGUCGCAUUGAUGGAGCCGGCCACCGUGCUGCCCCCAGGUCCGCGUCCGGCGCUACCCCUCGGGGGCCCGGGCCCGCUGGGCGAGUUCCUGCCUCCCCCCGAGUGUCCGGUCUUCGAGCCCAGCUGGGAAGAGUUUGCCGACCCCUUCGCUUUCAUCCACAAGAUCCGGCCCAUAGCCGAGCAGACUGGGAUCUGUAAGGUGCGGCCGCCGCCGGAUUGGCAGCCACCAUUUGCUUGUGACGUUGAUAAACUUCAUUUUACGCCACGUAUCCAGAGGCUAAAUGAACUGGAGGCCCAAACACGUGUAAAAUUGAAUUUCCUGGACCAGAUUGCAAAGUAUUGGGAACUACAGGGAAGUACUCUGAAGAUUCCACAUGUGGAGAGGAAGAUCUUAGACCUGUUCCAGCUUAAUAAGUUAGUCGCAGAAGAAGGUGGGUUUGCAGUUGUUUGCAAGGAUAGAAAAUGGACCAAAAUUGCCACCAAGAUGGGUUUUGCUCCUGGUAAAGCUGUGGGUUCACACAUCAGGGGGCAUUAUGAGCGAAUCCUCCAUCCGUACAACUUAUUCCUGUCUGGAGACAGUUUGAGGUGUCUUCAGAAGCCUAACCUGACGUCAGAUACAAAGGACAAGGAGUACAAACCCCAUGACAUUCCCCAGAGGCAGUCUGUACAGCCCUCAGAAACCUGUCCUCCAGCCCGCCGAGCAAAGCGCAUGAGAGCAGAGGCUAUGAAUAUUAAAAUAGAACCUGAAGAGGCAACAGAAGCUAGGACUCAUAAUCUGAGACGCCGAAUGGGUUGUCCAACUCUCAAAUGUGAAAAUGAGAAAGAAAUGAAAAGUAAUGUCAAGCAAGAACCCACUGAGAAGAAAGACUGCGUGUUAGAAAGUGAGAAGGAAAAGCCCAAGAGUCGAUCUAAAAAAGCCACCAAUGCUGUGGACCUGUAUGUAUGCCUCUUAUGUGGCAGCGGCAAUGAUGAGGACCGGCUCCUCCUGUGUGACGGCUGUGAUGACAGUUAUCAUACCUUCUGCUUGAUUCCCCCUCUCCAUGAUGUUCCUAAGGGAGACUGGAGGUGUCCUAAGUGUUUGGCUCAGGAAUGUAGCAAGCCACAAGAAGCAUUUGGCUUUGAACAAGCAGCAAGGGAUUAUACUCUCCGUACAUUUGGGGAAAUGGCAGAUUCAUUUAAAUCUGAUUACUUCAACAUGCCAGUCCACAUGGUUCCUACAGAGCUGGUGGAGAAGGAGUUUUGGCGACUGGUAAGCACUAUUGAAGAAGAUGUCACUGUGGAGUAUGGAGCUGAUAUUGCUUCAAAGGAGUUUGGCAGUGGCUUUCCUGUACGAGAUGGGAAAAUCAAGGUUUCUCCUGAGGAAGAGGAGUAUCUUGAUAGUGGCUGGAAUUUGAACAAUAUGCCAGUGAUGGAGCAGUCUGUCCUUGCUCAUAUUACUGCAGAUAUAUGUGGCAUGAAACUCCCUUGGUUGUAUGUGGGCAUGUGCUUUUCUUCCUUCUGUUGGCACAUUGAAGACCACUGGAGCUAUUCAAUCAACUACCUUCACUGGGGUGAGCCAAAAACCUGGUAUGGAGUUCCAGGAUAUGCUGCAGAGCAGCUAGAAAAUGUAAUGAAGAAACUAGCUCCAGAGCUCUUUGUGUCCCAGCCAGAUCUCCUCCACCAGCUGGUGACCAUCAUGAACCCCAAUACUCUGAUGACUCAUGAAGUGCCUGUUUAUCGAACAAAUCAAUGUGCUGGGGAGUUUGUGAUCACAUUUCCAAGAGCCUAUCACAGUGGUUUCAACCAAGGUUUUAAUUUUGCCGAGGCUGUUAACUUCUGCACUGUUGAUUGGCUACCAUUGGGCCGCCAGUGCGUGGAGCAUUACCGCUUGCUACACCGUUAUUGUGUCUUUUCCCAUGAUGAGAUGAUAUGCAAAAUGGCUUCCAAAGCUGAUGUACUGGAUGUUGUAGUCGCAUCAACUGUUCAGAAAGACAUGGCUAUUAUGAUUGAGGAUGAAAAAGCUUUAAGGGAAACUGUGCGUAAAUUGGGAGUAAUUGACUCAGAAAGAAUGGAUUUUGAACUGUUGCCAGAUGAUGAGCGUCAGUGUUUACAAUGCAAGACAACAUGCUUCAUGUCUGCCAUCUCCUGCUCUUGUAAACCUGGCCUGCUUGUUUGCUUACAUCAUGUGAAACAAUUGUGUUCCUGCCCCCCUUAUAAGUAUAACCUGCGGUAUAGAUACACUCUGGAUGACCUCUAUCCCAUGAUGAAUGCAUUGAAGCUUCGAGCAGAGUCUUACAAUGAAUGGUCCUUAAAUGUGAAUGAAGCUUUGGAAGCAAAGAUCAAUAAGAAGAAAAGUCUGGUCAACUUCAAAGCUUUAAUUGAAGAAUCAGAAAUGAAGAAGUUCCCAGACAACGAUCUUCUGCGUCACCUGCGCUUAGUCACGCAGGAUGCAGAAAAGUGUGCCUCUGUUGCCCAGCAGCUGCUUAAUGGCAAAAGACAGACAAGGUACCGAUCUGGUGGAGGAAAGUCUCAGAAUCAGUUGACAGUGAAUGAACUCCGACAAUUUGUGACUCAGUUGUAUGCUCUUCCCUGUGUCCUUAGUCAAACACCAUUGCUAAAGGAUCUCUUGAAUCGGGUAGAAGAUUUCCAACAACAUAGUCAGAAACUACUGUCUGAGGAAAUGCCUAGUGCUGCUGAGCUACAGGACUUACUGGAUGUCAGCUUUGAAUUCGAUGUUGAACUUCCACAACUCGCUGAGAUUCGUAUUCGCUUAGAACAGGCCCGUUGGCUAGAAGAGGUGCAACAGGCUUGCCUAGACUCCAGUUCCCUUUCUUUGGAUGAUAUGAGACGACUCAUAGACUUAGGGGUGGGGCUGGCUCCAUAUGCAGCAGUGGAGAAAGCUAUGGCCCACCUGCAAGAACUGCUUACAGUUUCAGAGCACUGGGACGACAAAGCUAAAAGUCUUCUUAGAGCAAGACCACGGCAUUCUUUGAGUAGCCUUGCUACAGCAGUAAAGGAGAUUGAGGAGAUCCCUGCCUAUCUGCCCAAUGGUGCAGUCUUAAAAGAUUCAGUGCAGAGAGCCAGAGACUGGCUUCAAGAUGUAGAUGCAUUGCAGGCAGGAGGACGUGUGCCAGUGUUAGAAACACUCAUCGAACUUGUUGCAAGAGGCCGAUCUAUCCCAGUACAUCUGAAUUCUUUACCAAGAUUGGAGUUACUAGUAGCCGAGGUUCAGGCUUGGAAAGAAUGUGCUUCUAAAACAUUCUUGACUGAGAAUUCUCCAUAUUCUUUGUUAGAGGUGCUUUGUCCUCGUUGUGAUAUUGGCCUUUUGGGGUUGAAAAGGAAACAGAGAAAAUUGAAGGAGCCUUUACCAACUGGGAAGAAGAAAAGCACCAAAUUAGAGAGUCUGAGUGACCUGGAGAGGGCCUUAACUGAAAGCAAAGAGACUGCUUCAGCUAUGGCAACUCUUGGGGAAGCUCGCCUAAGAGAGAUGGAAGCUUUGCAGUCUCUCAGAUUUGCCAAUGAAGGGAAAUUGCUGUCACCUGUCCAAGAUGUAGAGAUGAAAGUCUGCCUGUGUCAGAAGACACCAGCUACUCCCAUGAUCCAGUGUGAACUCUGCCGCGAUGCUUUCCACACCAGUUGUGUGGCAGUACCUAAUAUUUCACAAAGCCCCCGAAUCUGGCUUUGUCCUCAUUGUCGGAGAUCAGAGAAGCCUCCAUUAGAGAAAAUUCUGCCCCUGCUGGCCUCCCUGCAGCGUAUUCGAGUUCGUCUUCCUGAGGGGGAUGCACUUCGCUACAUGAUUGAAAGAACCGUGAACUGGCAACAUAGAGCCCAGCAACUGCUUUCUUCAGGGAAUCUAAAACUUGUGCAAGACCAAGUGGGCUCUGGACUGUUGUUUAGCAGAUGGCAGGCCUCAGCAGGACAGGCACCAGAGACAAACAAGGUGUCUCAACCUCCUGGUACAGCAUCCUUUUCCUUGCCCGAUGACUGGGACAACAGAAGCUCAUAUUUACAUUCUCCCUUCUCUGCUGGACAGAGUUGUGUCCCCCUCCAUGGUGUGAGUCCAGAAGUGAAUGAAUUAUUGAUGGAAGCCCAGUUGCUCCAGGUAUCCCUUCCUGAAAUUCAGGAGCUUUAUCAGACUUUACUUACAAAGUCAAGCUCUGCUCAACAAACAGACCGAAGCUCACCAGUUAGAGCCAGUAGUGACAAGAAUGAUUGCCUUCGAGGAAAGCGAGAUGGAAUCAACAGUCUGGAGAGAAAACUGAAGAGGCGCCCCGAAAGAGAAGGCCUUUCCAGUGAACGGUGGGAUCGGAUUAAAAAAAUGCGGACACCCCAAAAGAAGAAAAUAAAAUUGAGUCACCCCAAGGACAUGAACAAUUUCAGAUUAGAAAGAGAGCGUAGCUAUGACUUAGUCCGUAAUGCUGAAACGCAUUCCCUGCCCUCAGACACGUCCUACUCGGAGCAGGAGGACUCUGAGGAUGAAGAUGCCGUCUGUCCCGCUCUGAACUGCCUGCAGCCAGAAGGCGAUGAGGUGGACUGGGUCCAGUGUGAUGGCAGCUGCAAUCAGUGGUUUCAUCAGGUCUGUGUUGGUGUCUCUCCAGAGAUGGCAGAGAAGGAAGACUACAUCUGUGUGCGCUGCACUGCAAAGGACGCACCAAGCCGAAAGUAAAAACAAAACAUACUUCAUAUAAUUCAGGACUCCAACAAAGAAGAUUUCCUCAAUCUCAGCAAAGCUACAGGACUGGGGUCAAGCCAGCCUGUACACGGUGCUAUUUCUAUUCCUUGCGGGAUCAUUUUUUCCAGAACUCUUUGAAAAAAAGAAAAAAACAACUAAAAAAAUUUUUGACACUUUUUGUAUUUUUUCCUUAAGAGCUGUUUGUGGUUGUCGAAUUAAACUGCUGACUGUUUUUGCAGGGGUUGCCGAUUUCGAAGGUGUUGGAGUUUGCACCUUUUGUGUACAGCAUUACCAUUAUACUUUUGCCUGGGAUAUACCGGCUUAAGAGUUCAACUCAGUUUCAGGGCCCAGCAUGGGCACCAGAAUUCCAGUAACCCUCACUGAGCGACUGUUCUCCUUAAUCUGUUACCACAUGGGGGCUUUUUAAGUUUUUCACUUUGGGGUUUUUGUUCUUUUCUUUCUCUACUUCUUUUUCUUUCUGGUAGGUUAGGUUUAUUUAUCUGAGCAAUAACUUCUAUGUUGGUUUCAGUGGCUGGAAUUAAAACAAAACAAACUUCUCAAAAGUGUGUUGGUGCUUUAGCAUUUGGUUAAUGUACAGAACGCAAUGUCUAGUUUCUAGUGUCACUGAUGACCUAGUGAUGUAGAAAGAGACUGCGCUGUAAGUAAUCGCCACCGCUGUAUUCUGGCUUUGUCCCUGCCCAUUCUUCCUCCCCUAUUUUUUUUUUUUUUAGAUUGUAUCAAAUGUUGCAGUUUAUAUUGUGGAAUAAUAAAUCCUUGGUCCUAUUGUAACACUAGACUGCAGCUUCUUCUGCCCCUCUACCUUGUGGUCCAACGGAACCAGAAGGGGUUGCUUGCUUGUGCUUCUCCCCAGGCAGGCUACAAUAGGAGUGUGUUUUCCUUCAAACUUGCAGAGACUGUCUUUGUAGCCUGAUUCUUUAGGUAAGCCCUUGUCUUCAUGCUCCACUAAUAAAGAACCCCUAUCUUUAAAGACCAGAGCCAGUCCUUCAAGCCAUGCUUUUUAUAAAUAAGCUCUCAGAAUGUUGGAGUUGUUCCCACAUCAGUCCAGACUUGAAAUAAGUCCUUAUGAAAUGUUUUUUAUCAUUUGACUUGUCAGGGAAAUUUGGUCGAGAGUUAAGAUCCUGGGAUUCAUCAUCUUAGAGAGUUGGUUUUAUUGUAUCAGUUGAAGGGAAACUUGGGACUACCAGUCCUGCCUUGCCUGGGCUUCCUCUCCCAAUUCUGUAGUUCUGUCCAUCUUCACUGGCUGCAGGCAGCCAUGCCCCUAGCGGUAUUCCUUCAUUCUGCAGAGGGACAGGGUUCCUGGUGAGCAGAACAGCAGGCUCGUGCUCACUUCUCCUGAGUUGUCGCAGACACUUGCUUUCCUCACUGUCGAUAGCCAUAAGCCUGAUGGUGGGUAGAGCUAGUAGUUCUUUAUAAAACAUCAAAGUUUGUGAUGGAGCAGAGAUUUAUACUAUCCCCUUUAUGCAAUCCAGACGAUUUAAUCUGUUUAAGAAUAAUUCCUAGUGGUCUGCAGUGUCCUGCAGUUGGUUGCUGUGGCGUCUCUUGUCCGGGGAUGAACGUAAGCUUUGAAGGGGACACUAUGGAGACCAGGGGUACAGCUCAGUGGUAGAGCGCUUGCCUAGUAUAAGCAAGACCCCUGAUCUCAUAUCCUGCACUACCAGUAAAGAACUGCUGUUAAAACAAGUCUGCCUUGAUGGCCUUUCAGCCCUAGUAUGAGCCUUCUCCCUCCAGGUCUUAAUUGUUUGGUUUGCUCAUUGGAGGUAAGAGUGUCAUGUGAUCCAGGCUAGUUAUGUAGUCAAGGAUCACAUUGAACUGACUGUUGUCAGGCCUCUACCCCUGAAUUCUGGGGUUGUAGGUGUGCACCACUAUGCCUAGUUUAUGUGAUGCCAGGGAUCAAACUGAGGGCCUUGUGCAUGCCAGGCAGUCACUCUGCCACAUGAGCUCUCUCUGCACCCCUCACCAGAUUUUCAUGUGGACCUUGUGCACAGUCUCUGAGAUAGCUACUACUUCGUUGAUGGGAGAUUUGAACAGUCUCCUCCCACAGUGGGAAUCAUGUUUUUUUCUCUUUUCUUUUUUUAAUGUGUCAAAUCGAUACCACAACAGAAGUGUCAACUGCACAAAAUCAUACUAUGAGUCAAAAUCAAAUGACACCUAGGAUUUCUUCAGGUGUAUUUAUUUAUGCUACCUUGUACAGUACCUAACACUGCAGAUGUUAGAGCCAUUCAGCUUCCAACUUGGGCCACCUGUUGUCCUGACUACAAACUAAAGCUUUAUUAAAAAAUACAUUUCAUUAUGUGUUAGCUUUGAAGCUUGCUGAUACCUUAGCAGGGGUUCUCAACCUGUGGGUCAAGACCCCUUUGGCAACUCUAUCUCCAAAAGUGUUUACAUUACAACUCUUAACAAUACCAAGAUUACAGUUUUAAGUAGUAAAGAAAGUAAUUUUUUGACUGGGGGUCACUACAACAUGAGGGUCACAGCACUAGGAAGGGUGAAAACCACUGAUUUAGAGGAACAUUGGAUAUAAGAUUAAAAUGGCAGCUGACACAUGAGUUUCCAUCUUAAUGGCCCUGCAGUCCUUGGACUUAGAGAAGAGGACUGGAGUUAGAGCCUUAGUCAGGAGGGGGGCAAAUAGCGAGAUUGGAGCACUCUGCAGCAAAGGCUGGGACAGAACACUCUACGUCACUUGAGUGACUGUUACCGGAAGGCCUCUUGUGGAGCAUAAAGAGCCUGUUUUCUAUAUAUAAAGCUGUAGCUAGAGAAAGCAUAAUUUGACCUUGCUGUCAAGAGGCUCACUUGGGGCUUGGGAGAGUGAAGUGCCACUUCAGUGGUGGACAGUAAUACAAACCUGCUUCAUUCUGUCAGAGAGGAGAGAGAGAGAGAUCUUCUGAUCUGAUUUGGUAGAAGUGGUGAAGAUGCUCCUAGUUUGCCCACCAUUAAAAGCAGUGUUGUAAGCUUGUGUAGUGGCACACACUUGUAAUCUCAGCACCUAGGAUGCCGAGUAAGGAGGAUUGUGAGUUUGAAGCUAUCCUGGGUUAGUAAGACUGCCUCCAGAAGCCAAAGCAGUGAGUCAUGGCUUUGGGUGUCAUGUGUAAUCGAUUAGCUGGAGGGCAGUAGGUGCUUCCUUGGUGGUGGUUGAAGUUGGGCUUCUCUCAGCAGGGCUGUACUCCAGAUGUCUUGUGGAGUCAGUUCUCCUGUCUUUACCUGUUUCCCAGGGACCACGGUGGGCUGCCAGGCUUCUGCAACAAGCACUGUGAACCAUCUCCAGCCCUGCGGCCUUUGUUGUGGAUUUCUACAUGUCCCUCUUCCCAUUCCAUCUGGAUGGAUAUUUGGUAGUCCUGUAAGACCUGCUUAUGUUUUGGAGCAGGCAUGAUGAGAUUUAGCGCCUAUGGUUGUUUUUUUGGGCCCAGUUGUGCUUGGGGUGUUCCAUGUAACUGGAAUAGAUUCCUAUAUACUCGUAACAGGAGGUGAAUUGGACAGCAGGCAUUUGAAAUGAUCAGUAAGCUUUAAGACAUAGCUGGUCAUUCAGUAACAAACUGACAUAUAUUAGUCUGUGUGCUACCAUCAGCCUAUAUUAAAAUGUUCUGUUGAACUGGGGAUGAAGCUCUGAAAACACUAGCCUAGCAUGCACAAGUGAGGCCCAGGUUUCCUCCUGCCAUGAUGCUGCAGAAAUCCUGACUCGGGAAUACUGCUUAUGAAGAACUUUUGAAGAGCCGUGAAGACGCUGUACCUGUGAGCUCCAUUUGGAGUGCCCUUCCUCAACAGUGACUGAAACUCCGGAGAUUAUGGCUUCUCCCUUGGUCCUUUGCAUGUGGCUCAAGUCUCUCAUCUGCUUGAGAGGCUUCAUAUGUAACUUGUAAAGAAAAUGCUGCUAAAAAGUUCUAAACAAAAAUGGUAUAAAGCAAUAUUGUUGUAAAUCUAUUUUCCAGGCAUAAUCAAUUUGUAAGGUAUAUUUCACUCUGCAGACCUAUGUAAACAAAAUUCAUGUUUAAGCAUUACAUAAAAAUG